AUGGAAAGAAAUAUAAAACGAAAGAAACUUUGGGAUAAUGAUAACAAUUCUUUAAAAAAUAAUGAAGAAACAUAUAGACACUCAAAUAAUUCUGAUGAAAAAAAAAAGUUAGAAAUAAGACAUACCAAAAUAAAUAAAUAUUGUGAUAAAAGAAAAUAUAAAAAUUCACCAGAAUUUUAUCAUAUACACAAUGAAAAAAAAGAAUAUAAUGUCAAAAUGUCAUCUCAUCAUUUUAGUAAACCCAAUAAUGAAAAUAUUAUUGAAGGAUAUUCCAAAAAAAAUGAUGAAAAAAAAAAAAAAAUAUACUCAGAUAAUUAUAAAAGUCGUUUUUCUAAUUCCCUUGAAAAAACGAUAAACUAUAAACGUCCUAAGUAUGCAGAUCAUAAAAACGAAUUACAACACAGUUCUGAUAUUGGAAAUAAAAAUGAAAAACUCACCAAAGAUAGUGUUGGAAAUAAAAAUGAAGAAAAUGCAUCAGAAAGUAAAAACAAAACCACUGAAAGUAGUAGUGUUAAAGAAGAAACGUGUGAUGAGAAUGUUAGUGAUGAGAAUGUUAGUGAUGAGAAUGAUAGUGAUGAGAAUGAUAGUGAUGAGAAUGAUAGUGAUGAGAAUGAUAUUGAUGAAAAGGACCAAAUUGAUUGCAUAUUAAAUGGAUGUCGAAGCAUUAAAAAUUAUAAAAAAUUAAAUAAAAUAAGUGAAGGGACAUAUGGAACAGUAUUUAGAGCUAAAAAUAAAAAAACCAAAAAAAUUAUUGCUUUGAAACAACUAAAAAAUUUCUCAAAUAUCCGACAUGAAGGUUUUGCAAUUACAUCGUUAAGAGAAAUUAAUAUUUUGUUACAACUCAAUCAUGAAAAUAUUUUGUCUAUUAAAGAGGUUAUAGUAGGGAAACAUUUAAAUGAUAUAUAUUUAGUUAUGGAAUAUAUUGAACAUGAAUUAAAAAUGCUACUAGAUAAUAAAUCACCAAGUUUUACUAUUUCUGAAUUGAAAUGCUUAUUAAAGCAGCUAUUAAAUGGUGUUAAUUAUUUGCACACAAAUUGGGUUAUGCACCGAGAUUUAAAACCAACAAAUUUAUUAUAUAGUAAUAAAGGUAUUUUAAAAAUAUGUGAUUUUGGUAUGGCUAGAAAAUUUAGUCAUAUUGAUAAUCCUAAUCUUACAAAAAAUAUAGUAACUUUAUGGUAUAGAGCUCCUGAAUUAUUAUUAGGAGAAAAAUGUUAUACAAAUAAAAUUGAUAUGUGGAGUAUAGGUUGUAUAUUUGCAGAAAUGAUAUUAAAAAAACCUUUAUUUUUAGGUGAAAAUGAAGUUGACCAAAUGUGGAAAAUAUUAAAUUUGUUAGGAUUACCUGAUAAAGAAACAUAUCCAAAAUUUUAUGAAUACCCUUUUAUAUCAAAAAAUAAAGAUUUAUUUAAAAAAAAAAAAAUUAAAAUGAAUGUUAAUAAUAUUCGAUCUCAUUUUCCUAACAUAGCUAGCCAAUUUUCAGGAUUAUAUUUAUCAGAUAUUGGUUUAGAUUUGUUAAAAAAAUUAUUACAUUUUAAUCCACAAGACAGAAUGUCAGCUUCCGAUGCAUUAAAACAUCCUUAUUUUAACGAAUUUCCCAAACCAUUGGAAAUAAGUGAUAUGCCAAUUAUACCUGAUUCGAAUAAAGUUAUUAGAUCAAAUAAAUUGUCGAAUCAAUAUAAUUUUAUUAAUCAAAAUACAAUUAUGUUUCGUUCAUAA